UAACAAGCGAGAUUUGAAGAGCACUUGGGAAUCCAGAAAGGAACUCAGACUUCGAGCAGCAGAGGAGGAAUGUCACAGUUAACUGCCUGAACCUUUACCAACAGCAGCCAUGUUUUCUUGUCUUCUUCUCGGCCUGCUGGCUCUCUUCUUCUUCCAGAGCUCCGUGUCAGCCGAGCACCGGAGGCUUUCUCCAGAAAAUCUGCUGGUGAUCACUGCGGCAACAGAAGAGACUGACGGCUUCAACCGCUUCAUGAGGACGGCCAGAGAGUUCAACUACACCGUGAAGGUCCUGGGUCUGGGGGAGCAGUGGAAGGGGGGCGAUGUGGCUCGGACGGUGGGCGGCGGUCAGAAGGUCAGAUGGUUAAAGGCGGAGCUACUCAAACACUCUGACAACAAGGACUUGGUUGUCUUGUUCGUGGACAGCUACGACGUGAUCUUUGCGUCGGGUCCUGAGGAGCUGCUCUCCAAGUUCUCUCGUCUGGCUCACCGGGUGGUCUUCUCAGCCGAGGGCUUCUGCUGGCCCGACCAGAGACUGGCCUCCAAGUACCCGGAGGUGCAUUCUGGGAAACGCUUCCUCAACUCCGGAGGGUUCAUCGGCUUCUCCACAGAUCUCAGUUCAAUGGUUCAACAGUGGAAGUACAAAGACAACGACGACGACCAGCUGUUCUACACCAAAAUCUACCUGGACAAGAAGCAGAGGGCCAAAUUCAAUAUGACUCUAGACCAUCGCUCCAGAAUCUUCCAAAAUCUGAACGGAGCCGUUGAGGAAGUCGUCCUGAAGUUUGAGAGGUCAAAGGUCAGAGCCAGGAACGUGGCCUUCGACACGCUCCCCGUCAUCGUCCAUGGCAACGGCCCCACCAAGCUGCAACUGAACUACCUGGGUAACUACGUCCCCUCGGCCUGGACCUUCGAGACCGGCUGUGGGAUCUGUGACGAGGACCUGCUGUUCUUCAACGAGGCUCCUGAUGAGGAGACGCUGGUCUACAUUGCCGUGUUCAUCGAGCACGCUACCCCCUUCAUGGAGGAGUUCUUGGAUCGGCUCACCACCUGUUUCCGUCUCAGGUCAGUUAUUGCCCCCAUGUUGUCCAAACACGGCAAGCUGUGGAGUAACUUCUGGGGCGCUCUGAGUCCUGAAGGGUUCUACUCCAGAUCUGAAGACUACAUCGAGAUCGUCCAGGCCAAGAGGAUAGGUCUGUGGAACGUGCCGUACAUCACGCAGGCGUACCUGAUCAAAGGCAGCGUGCUGCGGUCAAAGCUGUCUCAGGUAAGCCUGUACGUGGAGGAGGGAAUGGACCCGGACAUGGUCUUCUGCAGGAGCAUCAGAGACCAGGGAGUCUUCAUGUUUGUGUCGAACCGGGACGAGUUUGGUCGUCUGGUGGCAUCGACCAACUUCAACACGUCCCGUCUUCACCCGGACAUGUGGCAGAUCUUUGACAACCCUGUGGACUGGAAGGAGAAGUACAUCAGUGAAAACUACUCCAAGAUCUUUGAGGAUGAGAACAACUUUGUGGAGCAGCCUUGUCCAGAUGUUUACUGGUUUCCAGCCUUCUCAGAGAAGAUGUGUGAUCAUCUGGUGGAGACCAUGGAACACAAUGGCCAGUGGUCAGGAGGAUCACACAAGGAUGAGCGUCUGGCUGGUGGCUACGAAAACGUCCCAACGGUGGAUAUCCACAUGACCCAGAUUGAGUUUGAGAAGGAGUGGUUGAAGUUCCUCAAGGAGUACAUCGCCCCCGUCACUGAAAAGCUCUACCCGGGCUACUUCCCCAAGGCUCAGGCCAUCAUGAACUUCGUGGUGCGUUACCGUCCUGAUGAGCAGCCGUCUCUGCGGCCGCAUCACGACUCGUCCACGUUCACCAUCAACGUGGCGCUGAACAGCAAAGGCUCCGACUACGAGGGUGGAGGCUGCCGUUUCCUGCGCUACGACUGUCAGGUGGAGUCUCCCAGGAAGGGCUGGUCCUUCAUGCACCCCGGCCGCCUGACGCACUACCACGAGGGCCUGCCGACUACCAGGGGGACCCGGUACAUCAUGGUGUCCUUCGUAGACCCUUAACACCGCUCUUCUGUCUGUGUGUGUUUGUGAGAAAAUCAGUGCAUCUCAUCGUCGCCAUGGCGACAGACAGGACAGAGGAAGACGUGAUGUCCGUGAACGCAUCGUCCUAACCUUCUCCUACCUGACUUUGUUGUAUCCCGAUGUUUGCCUCUUUUGUGAUUGGACGAAUUUCAUUUCAUCCCGUAACUCCAGCAAGGGGUGACGGCUUUUAACGCAGGACCCUGAAUGCAGCGUCACAUGACAUUUCUUAUUAAAAGUUACUUUAUUUGGUCUUCAUGUUUUAACUUCACACAAGCAAAUGCGGCCUUUAAGAAUAAGCGUGUGUUGUGUCACCGCUGCCUUAUCAAGCUACUUGAAACUAUGCACGCAGCAUGACGCCGUCUGUGACUUGUGCCAGGCCGGCCGCUUGGGGGAUGCUCGGUCACCGUGGCAACCGGCACCGAUCUAAACGCUGAUGCGAGAGAUCUCUGCAGAAUGAAUGAAUAUAGUUUGUGAGGGUUGUAAAUGUAUUUUUUAGGGGUGAAACUGUUACUGGGGAAACACUAAAGGCCUUUUCAUAUUUCUUUGGUUUCACUGAGGUCGUGUUUCCAUCUCCUAGUCAAGUAUUUUUCCGUCUCGAGGUUUCUACAAGUCGAUCUCCCUGACGACUAGAGCGUCUCUGGCUUUGUAUGAACUGCGUUAAAUUAUUUGACUGAGCAAAUGAAUUUAUGAUUUAAUAAAUGAUUUCACCACAA